AUGCUCCCGAUGGAGAGGGAGCGGCGUUCCCCUGCCUAUAACUUGCACAUCUCUGCCACGGAAAACAGCAGCAGCCUGCAGCUCCACUGCCAGCGGGAGGGUAUCAAGGUGCACACACCUACAUUCAGCUGCAUUCACAUGCAGGACGUCAUUAUUCCUGAACUCAUGAAAAAGCUGGACAUCCUGGGUGACAAUGGGAACUUACGGAAUGAGGAGCAGGUCACCGUGAUCCAGGCGAGCACAGUGCUGUCUCGCUGUGAGAAGCAGGAUCCAAAUGGCCGGUUGGGUGAGAGUUUGAGCGAGAGGCAGAGGGCGGAGCUAGCGGAGUCGAUGGAGGCGGUGCGACGGCAGAUCCUCAGACAGAGCCGUCAUGCUGACACGCUGAUCCUACAGCAGCGCAUGGAGCUCCUCCAGUCUGCACAACAGAGGAUCAGAGAGUUGGAGGACAAGAUCGAUAUGCAGAGACGACAAAUCAAAGAGAUCGAAGAGAAGUUUUUAUUCCUGUUCCUGUUUUUCUCUCUGGCUUUUAUUCUCUGGCCUUAAGCACACACACACACACAUACGCAAACACAUGUAUGCACACACACACACACACACACACACACACACAGGUGCAGUAUCUAUCUGAAUGGAUGUAUCGGACGUCUUUUUCCCUACUGAACUCUGGUCAAACAUUCCUCAGUUAUUUUAUGACCUUUUUAAUAUUUUUAUGCAUUUCCAAUGAGUCAACAACAACAACAACAACAACAACACAUCCAGGUAAAGCUGCUCCACUCAGCACUCAGUCUCUCUUAAGUAAAUGGAAAUAUAUAAAGUAAUCUAAUUUUAACCGAAAUAUUUGUUAUGAUAAUUAUUUAAACCCACAUCAACACUUGUCGAAAUAUCUGCUUUUAGUUUCAAUAAAUAAAGUUGUAUUUUCUUCAUGGUGGCUGUCGUUUAUUUCCUCACGAGCCGGUCGAGGACAGUACUCUUCACUUUCGUACGCCUGGCCGAGUCGUUUGGGGUUGUCUGGAGGUACACUGAGAUGCUUUUCUGUUCACGGCGGUUGUAAAGAGCGGUUGUAAAGAGCGUACCUUGUGGUGAUGUUUGAUGUGAACGCUAACCGAAGCUCGUGAACCGAAUUGGAUCAUUUCAAUGAAGGUGUACGACUACUAAUACUGUAAGUGAGUACAUACAACUACUGUGUAAUGCAAAUUCAAACCUACAUUACACUCCCAUUACACUCUUAAUACGUGUAACUCGAUUUACACAACAACAGAGAGUCGUCCCACGUCGUGAUGAACUCGUCUUAACACGCACGCGUGUAAUUUAAUCCAUCGCGAGCUUGCGACAGCUUCCUGAUCCAGCCAUGAGAACGAUUUCAAUAUCCAUCCGUCCAUCUUCUAGACCGCUUUAUCCUUUUCAGGGUCACGGGGAAACCUGGAGCCUAUCCCAGGGAGCAUGGGGCUCAAGGUGGGGUACACCCUGGACAGGGUGCCCGUCCAUCGCAGGGCACAAUCACAUACACACUCACACACAUGAUUUCAAUAUGUUCUUCUUUUGUCGAAGGCGUUCUUAAAGGCUGUCUGGAAAAGAGAAUAAUAAUAUAAACUGAGUAUGAACAAUUUUGGUCGACAUUUUUGGUUUAAAAAAAAAGAAAAAGUGUUCGUUUCCCCAA